AGUACCGCCGGUCUGACAAGAAGCGACAGGCUUUCGGCCAACACAGGAAUCACGGAUUGUCAAGUUCUAAAGUGCUGACACCUUUGCAUUCGUCUAACGCUUCGUUCCGCUCGUUUAAAUUCUCCAACGCACAUGCGUCGCAACUUCAAGCGCAUCGUGGUGUGCCGUUACGUUCGCCGCAUUUUCUUUCGAACUACCCAGCCGUUACUAAAAAGUAUGCAACGUGCCUCUUCGCGCGCAAUGCUGUACAUGUACCAGUAAGGCCCCUCAGCUCGGUAUGGGAUCCCCCACCCGUGGCUGUUGGCAGUGCCAAUAUAGUUGGUGCCGAAACUCAUCCAAGUGGGCCUCUUUAAAUCAAAUCAGUCUUGGGCAGCUGUACCACAAUGCGUACCCACUAGUCGUGCAUACUGCUCGAACACUGAUAGUGAAGGUGCACAUGCAAGGCUACACUGUCAGCCUGUCGGACAGUGCAGUAAAUUCUGUUUUUGGAGCCUUAUCAGUCGCAAGUUGCGGGACGCAACUGUCUCGAACUCAGAAUGAGCGCCCCUCUGCGAGUCGUGUGCUGUCCACUCAUCUCUUCUUGUGCCCCUUCAAAGAGCUUUGCUAUAAGAACAACACCGGCUGCUCAGAGAUGUGUGUCACGCUGAGUUUGCAGUUUAAAGCAAAGCUUUUCAAGAUUUUGUUUUAACCAAUCAUUAAACACAAUCGAUGAUUUAUUCCCUUAUAGGCUACAGCAGAACUUUCCGCGAAUCAGUGGGGCCGUAGUACUGUAUAUUGUGAUGCUUACAGUACAAGCAUCAAGCCCACCACACCCACACGCCAUCGUAAAUAAUAUGGCCUCCAGCAGAUGGCACCGCUCGGCUAUCCAUAUGCAUGGCUGCAUGGUCAGGCAAAUAAAGACUUUUAUUUAGUUCAAGCCAACGGCCGCUGCCUGCUGCGACUACGAACACAAGUCCGUCGAGUAUUGCAUGUAAAAUGUAAUACCCCUACAGCGUACAACGAUUAGCUUAGUUCCGCUAAGUAACUGCAGAGUUGUAGCAACGUCAGGCGUAUGCGGGAAGGUAUGCUUUUCUGUACAACACAUAGUACUAUUAUUAUCCGCGGGUUGGGCCCUCUUUCUGGCUUCCAAUAAAUUAUUAGGACUUUGUAAUAACUUCAACGACGACGGGUCAGCCCGAGCGCGAACCGUGGAAGAACACUCUUCAUC